AUGGGUAAUAUGUCACCAGUAUUAGCAGGAUCAUGGAGAGAAAACUCUGGCAAAAUUUGGCACUGCACACAAAACGGCAAUCAUUUUACUUGGACUCAGGAAGGUACUGGAAGACAAGCGAACGGAACCAUUGUUGCCGUGUCACCAUCUGUAGGAGCAUCUUCAUUCUCCAUUCACAUUACUUUUGAUGGAAAUGUUCAUUGGAAAUUGACUCCAAGUUUGGAUGGAACUGCAUUGACUGGUAAAAGUGAUACGUUUUAUCGUGUGAGCACAGGAGUUGCAUUGGCACCUGCAACCAUUCACAAUUUGGCUGGUGUUCCUUCUCAAACUUUGAAUACCACUCCUUCUCACACUUUGAAAGCCAUGCAUGUGAAUUUGAUGGGUGUUACUUUCAGAGAAAAUUCAGGAAAGACUUGGAUUGUUGAAUCACAACCACACACUGGUUAUGUCAUCUUGAAAAAUCAACAAGAUUCAAGAAGAGCCUAUACUUACAUUGUUCGUGAUGUUUCACAAAACAAGUACACUAUUUUCAUUGAUUUCCAAGGAGCUGACACUGCUUUCCGUGUUGACACUUUUGAUAUCAAUACUUGGCCACUUCAGAAUGGAGAUUGUUUCAGAGCAAUAACCUCCAUUGUUCAACCAUCAUCGAAUAUUGUUACAACCACCACUACCUCAACUCCCUCAUUCAAUGUGAGUAUUGGAUCCAGUGGAAUUAGCUUUGGUGUUCCAACUCACACUUCCACCUUUGUGCAACCUCACACAACCACUACCUAUAUUCCUCCAACGUCAAGUUAUGUUCCACCUCCAACGACCUAUGUACCUCCACAACAACAAACACAUGUCCCACCUCCACAACCAUUCUCAACUGGUUUUGCAACCGUUUCAACAAUGCCAACUUAUGGAACUUCUCUCGCAUCAAGCAUUAUUCAAGCUUGCCAACAAUCAUCGUUUGCUUCUGAUAAAUUGAAAGCGGUCACCACUUAUUCAAAGUCUCAAAUUUCUCCAUUGUCAGCAAGUGAAAUCGUUCAAGUAUUAGGAUAUUUCACAUUUGACUCAGACAGAGGAAAAGUCAUUGCUCAAUUGAAAUCAACAAAUAAUAUUGCUGGUAUGGAUGCUAGCUCAGCUGCUUCAAUUUUAAGGCUUUUUAGCAGUGACAGUACCAAGGUUAAGGCUGUCCAAGACUUGUGCCCAUAUAUUUGGGAUAGAAAACAAAAUGCUGAAAUCGUUGUAGGCUGCUUGACCUUCAAUUCUGACAAAAGUAAGGCCAGAGAUUACUUGUUGAAGAAUUAA